AUCAGCUGUUUAAUUUUUUCAAUAUCUCUUUUUACUCUCUUUUUUCGUGUGCGCUCAUGCCUCAUCCACAUUCGCCGUUAAAUAAAAUACCGUGAGUUGCGUCAGUUUUGAAAUCGGUUUUUGAAAAUAAUUUUUGGAUAAAUAAUUUAAUUACAAAUUAAAAAUUGUUAAUUAAAUAUUUAAAAAAUGUCAUCAUUAAUUUUACGUUCCCUACGUAAAUUUCAAUCAUGUCCUAAAUUAAUUCCUGUGACAAAACAAGUAGCUCGUUAUUCAACUCCACGAAAAUUACCACAACCGGAUCCAUCAACAGGACUCAUUGAAAAAAUAAAAAAGAUAUCAAAAUUUCUUGGCUCAUCACGUUAUUCUCCAAUAACAUGGCGUAGUUUUGCUAUCGGUGGAACAGUAGGUGGUAUUUUUCUGUUAUAUCUUCGGUAUCUGAAAGAAAAAAAGGAUUUGGCACUUGAUCGGGAGCGCAGAAGGUCUCUUGGAAAAGCAGCCAUCGGUGGCAAAUUUGAAUUGAUUGAUUCCAAUGGUAAAUUGGUUAAAUCUGAUGAUUUCUUGGGUCAGUGGGUAUUAAUUUAUUUCGGAUUCACUCACUGUCCGGAUAUCUGUCCCGACGAACUUGAAAAAAUGGUAUCGAUUAUUAACGAUCUAGAGAAAAAGGAUAUUAAAAUUCAGCCGAUAUUUAUAUCCGUGGAUCCAGACAGAGACACACCAGAAGUUGUUGGAAAAUAUUGCAAAGAAUUUUCCGAUAAAAUAAUUGGAUUAACGGGAAAUAAAGAACAAAUUGCUAAAGCUUGCAAAGCUUAUCGUGUUUACUUUAGUAGCGGACCUAAGGACACUGAUAAUGAUUAUAUUGUCGAUCAUACAAUAAUAAUGUACUUAGUAGAUCCAGAUGGGAUUUUUGUCGAUUACUAUGGACAAACCAACACUGCUGAACAAGUUAUGGGCAGUAUAAUGCUCCACAAAACUAAAUUAGCAAAAGUUAAAGACGAGACGUCAUGGUUCCCGCUUGUCGGUCUUAAAGAAACUGGAAGCGCGGCGUAAUUUAACUUUUUAUUAAUGUAUAUUUUUAAAUUUAAAUACUUACAUAAAUACUGAAAUUAUUAAUUAUAA